CUGUCCAUAAAUACAUUUUAUCUUUUUCUUUUCUUCGCACUCUCACCAUCGAAACCGUACUUUCCUCUAUCCUUCUUACAUCGUCUCAGCCCUUUGUCUACCCAUCAUCACUGAAACCUCAAAAAUGUCUCUUGUAAUCCCCUCAUCCUCUGCAGUUCCUUUGCAUUUUUCUAAAUUGGAGAUUAACAGUUUGAGUUCCUACCAAAAAUUUGCCUCUAAUUUCUUCGUCCCUUUUCAUCAUGAAGUCGGCUUCUGUUGCAAACCAAGGCAUUUCGGGCUCCACGUGAGAAAUGAACCGAAUGUUCUUCAUAAGUAUACAGUUAGGUCUAAGGGGUUUGAUUUUGAGUCGAUUGACAAUGAGACCUUGGGUUUUGAUGACGAUGAUUUUGAAGAUAUGGGGUCGCCUUGGGAAGGUGCUGUUGUAUACAAGAGAAAUGCCUCUAUUUUACAUUUGGAAUACUGCACUACCUUGGAGAGAUUAGGUCUAGCAAAGCUUUCAACCGAUCUCUCAAAAACUAGAGCUGCUGCAAUGGGAUUGCGUGUUACCAAAGCUGUGAGGGACUUUCCAAAUGGCACUCCUGUUCAGAUAUCUGUAGAUGUGACUAGGAAGAAGAAAAAAUUGAGGCUUGAUGGGAUCAUAAAAACUGUCAUCACUCUUCUUUGCAAUAGGUGUUGCAUGCCAUCUGCUGAGAGCAUAUUCUCUGAGUUCUCUCUUUUACUCACUGACGAACCCAUUGAAGAGCCAGAGACUAUUGAUAUGGGCGUUAUUUUUGGGGAAGAGAAACUUACAAACGGUGGUAAGGAUGACGAAGACGAUGCACUUAUUGAUUUGGAGGACCAACUAUAUUUUCCUUCACAAGAUAAUCAAAUUGACAUUUCAAAGAACAUAAGGGACAGGGUGCAUCUUGAGAUUACCAUGAAUUCAGUAUGUGAUCCUGGGUGCAAAGGCAUGUGCUUGAAAUGUGGUCAAAACUUUAACACUGGCAACUGCUCUUGUAGCAAGGAGGAAGUAAAAGAAAAAAGCUAUGGCCCGCUUGGAGAUUUAAAAGAGAAGAUGAAGUUGUAACAUUUAUGAAGUUCAUGCAGUAUUCGCUAAAAAUUCUGUAUCAUUAUGUGUACAAGUUCUGAUAUUAAUGGAUUUUUUAUGUUCUGAUGGCCAUGGAUGAUAGAUUUUAUAGAUAUAUCCAUGGUGCAUUUUCUAGUAGCAGCUACGCCUCAAAGCCUGCCUCUGGUAUUCUUUCCAUUUGUAUUAGCAUUUUCUAAAUCUCCUCUUGGAUUUUACUAAGAUAGUCCGAUCUGUAAAAUUAGAACAGGGAUGCUGUUAUUUGUGUGUUAAUUUUGUCAUCUUUUUCGGAUGUUAACUAUUUUAUACUUUUAAUUUCAAAACA